UAAUGUUUUUAUGAUUGCAAUAUUCAACAAAGGGAAAUUCGCACAAACAAUAAUCUAUCCUAUCUAAUUAAUGCGAUUAUAUUUUUACGGAUGUUAAGAUGUUAGAAUGUGUCACGUAGAUUAAAGAUAAAAACAAAUCGAGAUAUUCAGUAUGAGUAUAAAAUCGUUUUGUUAGUGACGAAUCAAAAGACAUAUAUUUAAUCUAAAUAUCGGUUCAUUGUUUUUCGAUAUAAUUAAAGAGAAAGUAUUUUUAGACAAUAAAAAGUUAAAUAAUUGUGAUUAAUUUUUAAUGCUGCUAUGUUGUGAUAUUGUUAAUUGACAUGACACGACUAAGAGGUCGAGCUUCUCUUAUGAUAAUCGUAAUGAUCAUGUUCACAUUACUGGUAGUUAUAUAUCACAUUUUGAGUAGCGAAAUAGACAGUAUUUCAUCCGAUAAAAUAAUUCCAAGAUUAAAAGUUGAAGAUGUUUAUUCUGUUAACGAUCUCACUGAGAGUCCUAUCAGAAUAGCAAGAAUGCAACAAAUGGAAGCUCAAAUAGAUCAAAAUUCUGAGGUACUAAGAAAUAAACCAUUCGCUGACAAUUUCCAUGCCAAUUCGUAUUCAUCAACUAAUCCGUUGUUCAAAGGACACAAGAUUGUACAUUUAGAUUUAAAAGGCGCACCGCCUAAAAUAGGUUAUUACAAAUAUCUUUUACCAUUGUUGAAAAAGUUAGGCGCUACUGGAAUUCUCAUAGAAUAUGAGGAUAUGUUCCCAUUUGAUGGGAAUAUAAAAGAUAUUAGCGCUUAUAAUUGUUAUACCAAAGACGACUUAAGUAUCAUUCAAAGUUUAGCAGAAGAAAAUAAUCUUAUCGUUAUUCCUUUGAUACAAACAUUUGGACAUUUGGAAUUUAUUCUUAAGCUUGAUAAGUAUAAGGAAUAUAGAGAGGUACCAAGAUAUCCCCAAGCAAUAUGUCCAACUUAUAAUAAAACUUCACAAUUGAUACAUGAAGUAAUAGAUCAAGUUGUAGCUGCACAUCCUAACAUAAAAUACUUGCAUAUUGGAGCAGAUGAAGUAUAUCAAAUAGCAGAUUGUUCAAGAUGUAUCGAUCUAAUAAUUAAAAAAAAUUGGAAUAAAAAACAAUUAUUCCUUGAUCAUGUAUCUAAAGUAGCUAGAUAUAUCAAGGAUAAGUAUCCCUGGUUAACUGUAUUAAUGUGGGAUGAUGAGUUUCGUGAAAUAUCCCCGCAAGAAAUAAUAGAUAAAGAUUUACAUUUAAUGGUGGAACCGGUCGUUUGGAAAUAUACAAAGGAUCCGGGCUCCACUUUGACCGAUCAAUUAUGGGAAAGUUACGGUGCUGUUUGGAAAAGUAUUUGGGUUGCUACUGCAUUUAAAGGUGCAACUGCACCGGAUAGAUUUUUUACAGAUAUAUCUUAUCAUUUGAAAAAUCAUCAACGUUGGUUAGAAAUAAUAACCAAAUAUUCAAGUCAAAUAAACUUUAAGGGUGUUAUUCUAACGGGAUGGCAAAGAUACGAUCAUUUCAGUGUACUCUGUGAAUUAUUAUCCACAGCCAUUCCAUCACUUGCCAUUAAUCUUGCUGCAUUGCAAGCAUCUAAUCUAAGUGGUUUUCCUAUUGAAGUACCUAAUCAAUUAGGUGACAUUUUACAAUGCGAAAAAAUAAUCUCUUUGAGUAUACCAGAACCACAAUACGGAUGGACUAGAUGUGGUUUUCACGGAUCUGCAGUAUAUGCAGUUACUCUAAGACUACAUUCUUUGAUUCAGGAAAUAAAUAAAAUGCAUCAGGAAAACAUAUAUAAAGGAUGGUUGAAACCAUACAAUAUAAAAUACAAAUUUUCAAGUCCGAGUCAUAUCGAACGAAUAAUAGGCGACUUAAAUAGGUAUAAGGUUGAGAUUAUGUACAUUGAGAAAGAUUUUCGUACUGCCAUGGAAGAUAUUUAUGAUAAUUAUACAAUACAAGAAUGGAUAGAAACAUACGUUACGCCUAUAAACGAAGAAAUUACUCAAUUACACGAAGCAGAAGAACAAAUUCUUGAAAAGAAUUCGUGGCAGAGGAGACCUUUAAAAAAAUCUGAUUGAAAUGCUAGGAUUAUUUUUAACAAUGUAUACAAUCUAAGAUUUGGAUAAAAAAAAAUAGAUAAUAAGAGACUGAUUAAAAAUUUAUUAGAAAAGAAAAUCGAAUAAUUGAGAUACGUCGUUUUUGUUCUCACAAAUAAUAAUAAUAGAUAAUCAAUGUAAUAAGUUAAUUAUACACACAUAUAUAUAUGUAUAUGUAUAUAUACAUUAUGUUUUUUAAAUUUUUGAAACAAAGCGUUUUAAAUGAAAGUCUUGAUAUUAUGAUUAACUACGCCGUCCGUGAUUUCAAGUAUCACGUUCGUCACAUUAAACAAGUAAUACAAAUCUUUCAUUGAAUUUUAUUCUAAAACGAAAGAACGUGUUAAACACAAAAUAAAAUGAAUUAUACGAUAAAUCUCUGUGCGUGGUACAAUCAAAGUGCAAACAUGUACUAUAUCAAAGUUGAUUUAUUAUUUCUAUGUAUUAUUUUCAUUUGGAAAUAAGCCAAAUUUAACAGUAAAUGUUAUAUUAUGUAUACAUGGUGUGUGUGGUGUGUACAAGAAGCGUAUUACAAUUACUCUCAUUGUUAGCGCAAGUCAUAGAAAUUUUAAAACAGUCAAUGUAAUUUUAUUCCAACAUCAAAGUCUUAUGAUCCCCCCUUCCCCUUUCCGAUUAUUAAAGUACUCCUUCUUUUUA